UACAGGAGUCUGUUCACUUAAAGAGAGAACCUCGUGACUCACUGAACAGGGUGCAUUGCUGGUCUGAAUUGGCCUGAACGCUGAGAGACGCUCAACUCGCGUGCUCUUCGAGGAUUAUCGUCACGUGGCGCCCUCUAGCGAUUGGCUUUAGUAUUGCACUCGAUAUUGUUUAAAAUGCUGAAAACUGCACAGAGUCAUUUGCAGGACAUGAACGAUCCUACAGGGGGUGCUGUGUGACUUGAGCACCAGCGACGCGCUUGCAGUGACGGCAUGAUUGCAGGCCUCCAGUGCCGUCCCCCGCCUGUCAUGGUAACGUGUAAAUACAGGGAAUAAUGGAAGAAGGAGAUUCUAAAGUGUUGAGUGUUGAGCCAUAUUCAGACCGCGCAGAAAGCCGUCAUGUUGCAUCCGGCAAACUCUACAUGAAAAAGAGUUCCGGACUUCCCUUGAAUACCUCUUCCAUCCCUACAAAGCACCAGACCAAAGCCAAUCGGAAAGCUGGGAGAAAAGGGUUCUCUGUACAGGCCAGGAGAUUCAAUGCUGAAAACAGUCAGAAUGGAAACCCGGGACCUGGUGCUUAUAUGUCUCACUGUUCUGCUGAUGUCAUCAGCCCCUCCUACUCGAAGAGAGGCACAGGUGGACUGGCUUCUCAGGCUGCUCGACUCCCGCCCCCGCGCCGGCAGCACACCCCCGCGCCCAACACCUACAACCUGCGGUCCUCCCUCAUCCUGAACAACAGCUUCAGCCAGGUCGGGACCAGCGCCUUCCAGCCGCCCAUCGCCGUGACGACGGAGAGCUUCCGGAACGCAACCCCCGCCCCCAACCAGUAUCAGGUGUCCUUCAGGGGGGUCGAGAGACACACUGCGGUUUCCGCAAAGUCUGUGUUUCUGUCCAGAACAGGACGAAGUAACCCAUACUCUAACGUUUCAGAUUGGCCGUCCCCAUGCGAGUACAGCGUGACCGACACCCUCACCAGGCCCGAUCCCAGGGUGCCGUUCUCCUGCUUCAAGUCCAGCUCCGCCCGGAUCCCCUGCCGGGAGACCAGCCGGGUGCCGGGCCCUGGGACCUACAGCCCCCACGAGCCCCCCAAAAUUCUCAGGGGGGCUACCCUACCGAGGGGGCACUACUUGUGUCUGUCCGCUCCUGCUGUCCCGCCCCCGAAGGCCGCGCCCCUCCCUGGCCCCGGCCAAUACGACAUCGGCAGAUGCGAUGCCCCUCCCAAGCAGCUCGCGCCCGGGGCCGUGUUCAUGUCCGGGACGGGCAGAUGGGUCAGCGCUGCCACAGGAGGGAGUUACCCAGGCCCAGGUUACUAUGACCCGGCCAGGCCAGAGAAGCAGUCCUUCCUCUACAAUCAGUUCAAGAAGUGGGUUCCGGCGUGAGGUCCUGAAGAGCAGAAGUGCGGCCCACCGCGUGCGUGAGUGUGUGUGUGUGUGUGUGUGUGGUGUGUGCGUGUGUGUGCGUGAGAGAGAGAGAGAGAGAGAAAACACACAAAGGAAAAGCAUUCACGCCUGAUUAAUUUAACUACAGUUUAUGUAGGAAAUUAUAUGCCUGCCAAAUAUGACUUUAUCAGACCUGUCAUCAGACCUUUUUCUUAUAGAUGUUUAGUAAUAAAGAUGUGCUUGCUGUAUCCUACAUCGUAAUGUUAUAAAUCAUUACUUGAGGAACGUUACCAACUGCACAACAGCUGCCGGAGUGCACAGGGGUGUGGGGGGGUGUGGCUGGUGCCCGGAUCUGAGAAAUUCGGCGUGGAGUUCCAUCAGGACCCGCUGCCUCAAGUGUCACAGUGCAGAAACGUCAAAUGUGUGACUUCAGUACAGAAUGACCGGCUUUCGGACCGUUUGAGCUGAAUCAGGAGUGCGUGAUUUGAUUUAUUCGCGACACUGGACACCUUCGUAAUACGAUGGAGGAUUUCCUCUGUGAAAAUCCAGGCGUUCCCUGUUCUGAGCUCGAAGUCCCUCACCCAAGCCCUAACGGCUGCAGAUUCGUUCAGACCGACUCCCCCCUCACUCCCCCUCCCGGAUUUUGUUUUCCAAAAUUUGUGUUAAAAAAAAAAAAAAAACUCGCCUGUUCGACUACUGUCGUUUCUAUUUUGAGCGGGCGACCGCCACUAACCGAAAAGAAUGAGGUUCUGAGGUGUGGCGCCGCCAUCUUGGCUCAAGCUGGCCCUCUGUGAACAGGUGACCGCAUCACUUUAGUGUUCUAUAAGUCAGCAGGAGCCAUGUGUGCCUGCUAAUGUGCGCCUUAACCACAAUGCUAAGAAAAGCAGUCACCACUGUUACUGUAAGCUGCUGUCACUGCACCAAGGAGAGCCAUGCAGUGAUACUGGAAAAUAUUGGUGGUCUGUGGCUUUUUAUUUUCAUUACUUCUGUUAAUGCAGCUGGCUGCAACGUAUGGAGAAUCAUACCAUUCCUGUGCCUUACUGCCCCCCUCUGGGUGUCUUGUGUAUUGCACCCUUAACAACAGCACUGUAUUACAGCUCUAAUAAUAUUAAUAUUAUAAUAAUAUUAUUACUCAAGUCCGGCCCUCGAUUCCAAAUCCGGCCCAGGUUUUCUUUUCUGCCCGGUAAUUGACUGAACAGUUGGUGCUUCUGAUUGGCCAGACUGUCUCCACACCUGACUCCCAGGUAAAGGGAGGGUGGAAAACCAGAAUUCCUCAGCCCUCUAGGACUGUGAUUGGAAUUAAAAGGUGUUUCAAGUUUUUUUUUAAAUU